GGUGGGGUGGUGGUGGGGUGACUGGGUGAGUGUGGGUAUCAUCGCUUCGUGAAUCGUGCUUCAAUUCUAGGGAGAGAGAAGAGAAGUCAUAUAUAUCGUCAUUACCUUCUCCUCUCAUUUCAAUUCCCAAUGAAAUUAGCAGCGCUUUUGCUCUUCUCUCUCUGCUCUAUGGUCCGCUUGUAGUAGUAGCAGGCUAGCAGCAGGGCCUGGAAGUGAGUGAGAGAGGGAGAGAGAGGGAGAGACCAGGGAUAAAAAGAAGGUAUAUAGCCCACCACAAACACCCACCCUUAUGUAAAUGCUACUGUUUUCUGGCUUCAUGGAUCCGCUUUUUGCGCUUCAUCAUCAGCAACACAGCUAAGCAGAGUCUAAUCUUCCUUUCUUUUUUGGGUUUUUAAAAGGCUUUUCUUCUUCAAACACCAGUGUGUCUCUGAUCUAAGACUAGUCCUUCUUCUGUCAUUUUCAUUCUGAUUGUUGUGAAGCUUUUGCUGGCUUCUUCAAUCUUUCUUGUCUCUCCAUUGAAAAAGGUGUUCAUAGUAAUGGGCAAGGACUGGCAUUGGGGUGGUAGAUCCACAAAGAGAGGAGGAGGAGAAGGAGGAGGACGACCUGAAGGAGGAGGAGGAGGAGCAACUACUAGCUGUGGUGGAGACAAGAACAAUAGUGCUACUCCUUCUGGGUGCAUGAGUGCUGUCCUUCAAUUCUUUGAUUUUCAUCAGUUUCAGUUUGUUCUGCACCAACCACAACCUCCCCUCAAACCCCACUCUUUUCUUCCUGAAGACCCCACUCUCCUCAAAGGUGUGGAGGCUCCAAGGAAUAGCUUGGAAUCAGAGGAGUCUUCAUUAUCAUCAAUGUCCAAGGAAGAAGAAGAAAAUUUGAAUAUCCCAGUGGGAAUUCAAAUCAAAACAAGUGGAGACACAAGGCUAAAAGUAGGAGCUACAAAUGAUCUCUCUUCAGAAAGUAGCUGCUCUCCAGCCACCAAGACCCCAAAUUUAGUAGCUAGACUAAUGGGUCUUGAUCUCCUCCCUGACGAUAGUCUCUCACCUUCCUCAUCCUCACACCAAGCCACCCAACUCCCCCUAGGAAAGUCCCAUUUCCUCCAUCUUCAACUACAAAAUUCAAAGAGACAGCCCCUCCAACAUAGGCCAAGCUGCCACCACCGAUGUUUCCUGGACAAUGAUUUUAUGGGCACUCGAUCUUUGCCUGAGACGCCGCGGAUAUCGUCUGCUAGAAGAUCGGAUGUUGAUCACCGGCUUUCGCUUCAAAUCAAUAAGGAGAACAUUGGAACGAGUGAGGAAUUGGAGUUGUCACGCUCAUUAUCAAUAUUGAGUAAAAGAAAGGAGAUGAUGAAGCAUGAAGAUGAGAGAAGUCCAAGCCAUUAUGCUAAGCAGAUUGUGAAGCAAGUUAAAGAGAGUGUGGGUCGGAGGGCUGGUUUGGAUAUUACAAAUACUGUCAAAUUCAGAGACCAAGGAAGAGACCAUGAGCAUGCUGCGCCAAACAAAUCCAAGAAAAAUCCCAAAGUUUGCAGUAAAAGUGGAGAUGAAUUCAGCCCAAGCAAGCAGCAUUCAACACCAUCAUGUUCUCCAAGGCUUAGAUUCCUGGAAACCAAGACCAAACCACUCUCAACAUCAUCCACAAAGGACCAAAAACCCCACUCUCCAAAACCCUUAUCCCCAUUAUCCUCCUCAUCGAUGGAUAACCAUUCACAAGUUAAAAUUCCAUUGAAGCUAAAGGUACAGCCAUUGCAAAAUCAUCACCAUAACCAGCAGUCUCCAAUCAAAAAAUGCAAGAAAGCCACCGGACAACACUUCGGCGCACGCCUGAAAAAGUCCCCGAAAACCUCGGAAACCAUCCGGAACAAGCAAGAAGAGCCAUUUGUGCGGCCAUCUACAGCAAAAAAUCCAAACCAUUCAGACAAAAAAUGCAAGAAGACCCCAUUGUCUACUGAUCUUCUCAACAUCGCUGUUCCAAACCUUGUCCCAUUCAAGAAGGAACCAUCACCUCCUACUACAAAAAUACCUCAAAAACAGAUGCAUGGUGGUCAAUCAUCAAAAUGUAGCAGCUCCUUGUCUAGUUGCGGGACACCAAAGUACGAAGAAGAAGCAAGGCAUAUGCCCGCAGCCCGAGAGAAGGAGAGCGAGGAGAAGGCCAUGACGACCACCCAAGCCCAAGGCGCAGCUGAAUUUCAGUACAUCAGUAGAAUACUAAAACGUACUGGCCUAGACAGGGACACCCCAGUGUCAUCUAUUCAAUUCUUCUCUCCCUCCCUCCCUCUACACCCAUCAAUCUUCCACCAACUCGAAAAACCCCACGCCACCACCCCCCAUCCUGCUAACCCAUUGCUAAUUUUCCACUUAGUUAAUGAAUUCCUUCCCGAAAUCCUUAAACCCCACGUCAAGAAUUGUCAUGAGAUGAGGGGAUGGGAACUGUAUGAAAAAUUGUAUGAGAAAAUUGGAAGCAUUAAAUGUUGGAAUUGUGAAGUGUUGGAGGACAUUGACGCAAUGGUAGAUGAAGACUUGCCGAAAUGGAAAUUGAGGAGAGCGAGAGGGUAUGCGGAGGAGGAAGAAGAGGAGAUUGUAGCAGAGAUUGAGAGGGACAUACUGGAGAAACUGGUACAUGAGACCACCGUGGAUUACGGGGUGGGAGUCCGUACAGAAACGGCGCUGCUACACUGUGAGUAUGUGACAGAGGCCACCAAACAGUGUCUGACCCCAUCACAUGGGUGAUGGGGGGGCGAUUCACGUGAUCAGAUACUAUUGGUUUUGUGGGGUUACCACCUGCCACCUCAAGACAAUAUCCACUCUCCCACUCCACAUUUGUCGCUUUCUCUCUCCUCCUUUCAACUCCCCUCCACACUUGAUUCCAUCUCCUUUGUAUAAAUUUUCUUUAUUUUUAAUUCAAAUAAUUCUAAAUAAAUAAUAAAAUUUUCCUUUUCUUUAUCCA